AUGGGGGAGGAGAAGGACUUUCACGGCGUCGUCGACCUCGUCGCCAUGAAGGCGAUCACGUUCAGAGACGAAGGUCGCACGCCUACCGUCGGGGAUGUCCCGACCGAUAUGGCAGGCGAGGCAGACGCCGCACGGGAGGCGCUCAUUGAACUCGUCGCCGAAGCCGACGACAGCCUCAUGGAGCAAUUCUUCGAAGCAGGAACGUUGACCCAGGCACAGCUCGAAGCCGGACUCAAGACUGCGACGGCGGAUCGUCACGUGUUUCCGCUGGUCUGCACGUCAGCCACCGCCAAUGUCGGUAUCCAGCCGCUACUCGACACCAUCCUGACCUACGUACAAUCGCCGGCUGGGCGCGUUCUUCCGAUCGUGACCAGCGACGGGGAAACAAGCUCGUACGACCCGGAGGAAGCUGGAACGGCGGCGCUGGUCUGGAAGACGGUCGCUGACCCGUUCGCAGGCCGGAUCACGCUGUUCCGGGUCGCCUGCGGAUCGCUAAAGUCCGACUCGACGAUUCACAAUGUGAGCGUGGAUGUCUCCGAGCGUGUUGGCACCGUGGCGUUGAUGCAAGGCAAGAAGCAGGAGAGCGUGGCAGAAAUCAAGGGGGGCGAUCUCGGUACGGUGGCCAAGUUGAAAGACACUCGAACCGGCAACACGCUGGCCGCAAGGGGCACGCCAUGGCAAUUCGCGCCUUUCGAGUUCACGGAACCGGUGCUCUCGAAGAAGAUCCCACAAUCCGCUAUACCCGGGAUCCGCAAAACGUCACAACUGCUGCUGUCAGGACAAGGUCAGCUCCACAUCGAGGUCACGGUCGCCAAGCUGAAACGCCGGUUCGGCGUGACGGCGGACCUCAAGCUGCCCCGAAUUCCGUAUCGCGAGACGAUCAAGGUGGCCACGGAGGCGCACGGGCGGCACAAGAAACAAACCGGCGGCCAUGGCCAGUUCGGCGACUGCAAGAUCAAGGUAGCACCGUUGAGCCGAGGAGCGGAUUUCCAAUUCAUUGACGAGAUCUUCGGUGGCGCGAUUCCGCGAGGAUUCAUCCCAGCAGUCGAGAAGGGCAUACAGGAAGCGCGCACCCGCGGCUAUCUUGCGGGGUACCCGAUGGUGGAUUUCUCGGUCACACUCUACGAUGGUUCAUUCCACUCGGUCGACUCGAAUGAAAUGUCGUUCAAGAUGGCUGGCCGACUGGCCUUUCGCGAUGCAAUGUCACGGGCCAAACCGACGUUGCUCGAGCCGGUCAUGAAUGUGGAAGUGUACGCGCCAAGUGAUUUCGCCGGCGAUUUGAUGGGCGACCUCAAUGGACGACGAGGGCGAAUCGUGGGGAUGGAAACACGCGGUGCGUCAACGUCAAUCAAGGCGCGGGUGCCGAUGUCCGAGAUGCUGACCUAUGAACAGCAACUCACAUCAUCCACUGGCGGGCGCGGUUCCUACCACAUGGAGUUUUCGCACUAUGACGAGGUCCCGGCACACAUACAGGACAAGGUGAUUGCCGCGGCGAAGGCUGAAGCCGGACAGGGCGACGAGGAAGACGGAAACUAG